AUGUGGGAAGCAGGGUAAGAGCGAAGUUUUCUCCUAUUAUCUUAGUAAAUCGAGAGGAGUGCGCUGUAUAGCGCGAUAAACCCUGACUCUCUUUGUGAAUGCUGACAGUGACACUAAUUCUGCCUCUGUGACAGUAAUUCUGCCUGUGUGACAGUGACACUAACUCUGCCUCUGUGACACUAAUUCUGCCUCUGUGACACUAAUUCUGCCUGUGUGACAGUGACAGUAACUCUGCCUCUGUGACACUAAUUCUGCCUCUGUGACAGUGACAGUAAUUCUGUAUGUGUGACAGUGACACUAAUUCUGCCUCUGUGACAGUGACAGUAAUUCUGCCUCUGUGACAGUGACACUUAUUCUGCCUCUGUGACAGUGACGGUAAUUCUGUAUGUGUGACAGUGACAGUAACUCUGCCUGUGUGACACUAAUUCUGCCUGUGUGACAGUGACUGUAAUUCUGCCUCUGUAACAGUGACGGUAAUUCUGCCUGUGUGACAAUGACAGUAACUCUGCCUCUGUGACAGUGACACUAAUUCUGCCUGUGUGACAGUAAUACUGCCUGUGUGACACUAAUUCUACCUGUGUGACAGUGACAGUAAUUCUGCCUCUGUGAUAGUGACGGUAAUUCUGCUUCUGUGACAGUAAUUCUGCCUGUGUGACAGCGACAGUAAUACUGCCUGUGUGACAGUGACACUAAUACUGCCUCUGUGACAGUGACGGUAAUUCUGACUUUGUGACAGUGACACUAAUUCUGCCUCUGUGACAGUAAUUCUGUAUGUGUGACAGUGCCACUAAUUCUGCCUGUGUGACAGUGACGGUAAUUCUGCCUGUGUGAUAGUGACGGUAAUUCUGCCUCUGUGACAGUAAUUCUGCCUGUGUGACAGUGACGGUAAUUCUGGCUGUGUGACAGUGACUCUAAUUCUGCCUGUGUGACAGUGACGGUAAUUCUGCCUGUGUGACAAUGACAGUAACUCUGCAUGUGUGACAGUGACACUAAUUCUGCCUGUGUGACAGUAAUUCUGCCUGUGUGACAGUGACACUAAUUCUGCCUCUGUGACAGUGACGGUAAUUCUGCCUGUGUGACAGUGACACUAAUUCUGCCUGUGUGACAGUGACACUAAUUCUGCCUCUGUGACAGUAAUUCUGUAUGUGUGACAGUGACGGUAUCUGCCUCUGUAACACUGACGGUAAUUCUGCCUGUGUGACAAUGACAGUAACUCUGCCUGUGUGACAGUGACACUAAUUCUGCCUGUGUGACACUAAUUCUGCCUGUGUGACAGUGAAAAUAAUUCUGCCUCUGUGAUAGUGACGGUAAUUCUGCUUCUGUGACAGUAAUUCUGCCUCUGUGACAGUGACAGUAAUACUGCCUGUGUGACACUAAUUCUGCCUCUGUGACAGUGACAGUAAUACUGCCUCUGUGACAGUGACGGUAAUUCUGCCUGUGUGACAGUGACACUAAUUCUGCCUGUGUGACAGUGACACUAAUUCUGCCUGUGACAGUAAUUCUGUAUGUGUGACAGUGACACUAAUUCUGCCUGUGUGACAGUGACGGUAAUUCUGCCUCUGUGAUAGUGACGGUAAUUCUGCCUCUGUGACAGUGACAGUAAUUCUACCUGUGUGACAGUGAUAGUAAUACUGCCUGUGUGACAGUGACACUAAUACUGCCUCUGUGACAGUGAAGGUAAUUCUGCCCGUGUGACAGUAACACUAAUUCUGCCUCUGUAACAGUGACAGUAAUUCUGCCUGUGUGACGGUGACACUAAUUCUGCCUGUGUGACAGUGACGGUAAUUCUGCCUCUGUGAUAGUGACGGUAAUUCUGCUUCUGUGACAGUAAUUCUGCCUCUGUGACAGUGACAGUAAUUCUACCUGUGUGACAGUGACAGUAAUACUGCCUGUGUGACAGUGACACUAAUACUGCCUCUGUGACAGUGAAGGUAAUUCUGCCCGUGUGACAGUGACACUAAUUCUGCCCGUGUGACAGUGACACUAAUUCUGCCUCUGUGGCAGUAAUUCUGUAUGUGUGACAGUGCCACUAACUCUGCCUGUGUGACAGUGACACUAAUUCUGCCUGUGUGUGUGUGUUAGUGAUGGUUGGUGACUGUUAUUUAGUAAAGUGAGAAUUGAAUUCAGUGUGAAACUCACAUUUCAAGGCCAGACUAGCUGAAUUGAUAGAAACCAACCCCUUACUUUUCAGUUUGGCUAUUUUACAGUAAAAUUUAAAUUCACUUUGAAGUGCAGAAAGAUAAUUCACAAUUUAGGGAAUAUAACCCUAACACGGGGUCAGGGCAAAUACUGUCUAAUAUAAUAAAUGCGAUUUGUCCCCCCAGCCAUAAUCUGAGGGGAGGAUUUACUAAGGAGUUUGGGAGUAAAGAUCAUUGAAUUUAUUGUUGCUAAUAUUAAGUUAAUCUUGUGAACAUUUUGAGGCGAUAUCCGGUGGUGGGACUAAUUCAGGUGGAUGGGCUGUGAGAUUUAUAAAUAGUGUCACUUAAAGUAUUGUAUUUCAAUGUACGGAGUGAUUAAGGGGUUUAAUAGUAAUAAUUCAGUUGGCAGAGAUAGAAUCUUAAUAUUAAUAUAUUUUAUUUACGCUGGAGUUAAAUAUGAAUCAUUUUUAUGAAUGGAGGGGGAUAGAGCGAGGGGUUAAUAGUGCAAUGUUGAAUAAAUGAUAGGCCAGCCAGGGAACUUAAAUAAUAAUCAAUUUGGGGAAAUGGCUGUAGAAGAAGCCAGGAUAUAGAUAUAUAGUAGAUUUUCAUAAAAGGUGUGUGAAAGGGAUUAAAUAGUAAUCAUUUUGAAUAAACAGGGGGUGUAGGAAAGGCGUAGGCAGUGUUUUAGAAGAAUGUGUGGGAGAUGAGGAAGUGCGGGAAUAUAGCAUUUAGUUUAAAUGAAUAGUUGGAUAGGGAGGGGUAAACAGAAACUAUUGUGAAUGAAUGGUGAGGGGAAGGAGAGCGGGCUCAAUAGGAGUAAUAUUUUGGGUCAAUGAUGGUAGUUGUGGAUAGGGACACAUUAUGGUAAUUCAUGACUUGAGGUACACAGAUAAAUCAUGGAUUUUAUAAUAAGCAAUGCUGGAAUGAAGAAUGAAACCAAUUUUAAAUAGAUGGUUGUGGUAGAUCGAGAGGGGAAAACUAGCAAUAAUUUAGGAUGAAUGGUUGGCUACCUGAAGUUCUCAAUGUUAAAUGGGGGAUUGAGGGAAUGUGGUAUAGUAAUGAUUUGUCAUGCAUGAUGAGUAUUAUAGGAAUAAAAGUAAUGAUCUAGGAUAAAUUGUGAGGAGAGCGGCAGGGGUGAUGGUUAUAGGGUGCAGUACAUUUGUGGUUGAUUAUGUAUCUCUCACACUUUGGGUAAGUCUCAGGCUGGGAGAAUGUCAGGAAACAGUUUAUUUAUAUAAAACUUCCUCAGGGUUCUGUCACAUACAGUCUGGGGGGAAUACAAUAUGCUGACCUUUUAUUUUACAGUCAUUGCAAGAAGGACCACCUAUCUCCUACAAUUUACCUUACUCAAAGUACAGGGUAGGUGCGGAUUAUGUGGGUACCGGUAUAUAAAGCUAAUUUAAUACUAUAUUUUCAUGUGGUUAAUUACAGACAGGCUCCUCUUCUGGAUGGGGGCCCCCAGCUCCGCCGCUCCCCAGCCUUUGACGAGUGGCCCUCUCUUCCAAAGUCUGACUCUUCGAGACCCUCCACAGAGAAAUCUGGAGAGACCCCUGCGUAUGACCUCUCUCGUUUGCGCAGUUCGUCAGUGGAAAUCAGAGAGAAAGGUUCAGAAAUCCUCAGAGAGGAGCUGCUAAAGGCCCAGAAAGUAUGUUUAAUCUUCUAACAUCAAUACUUCUUAUAAUAAUCGCAUUAAAUGCCAUACCGUGCUUUACUCAGUUAGUCACACCUUGGCUAACGUCUGGGGAAUUGGACUUGUGUUUCCACAAAAGGGGCAACCUGUGGACAUAACCAAACGUCUUCAACAUCCACCUGACAAUAUUGCCAGGAAAAGUACUAUUAUUUAUUAAACUUAAAGAUAAAUGUAUCCUUCUACAAGAGCAAUAUUUUUGAUUUCUCUAAGUUGAGCACUUUACUGAAAUUUCCACAAACACUUCCAAAACCCUCUUUGGAGGCACUUACGUUAUGUUCAAACAAUUUUCAUUUUGUUAUUAAAAGUGCGGUUGACAGAAGCUGUCUGAUUAUAUCUCGACAAAUGGUGCAGAGCGUCGAACGUUCACUACAAGUUUUUUUUUUUGUUUUUUUUUUUUAAAAUUCUUUAUUUUUGAUGUGCAUGGAUUAACAAUAGGCUUGUUCAGCCACAACAGCAGUCACAAGCAGUAAUAUACAGUUGAAACAUAACGUGGCAUAUGACUAUACAGCACAUUUUUAGUUUUAUAAAAGAAAAUAUAAGCAAUGAGUGAGCGACGCUUGAGAUGUGCUGAACGUUUGUCUUUGUCACAAUGGUAAAGUCAGGAAGUAUAAACACAGCGUUGAUACAUUAGUAACGUGGAGAUAUCGGCAUAUUAGUUAAAGUUAAGUUGUAGUUUGUAGGCGAAGUUAUAUUUAUGAGUUUUGGUCUUGCGUGUCAGUUAAAGCUAUAAGUACAGGCGUUAAUACUGGUUGACUUACUGACUUGAUAGAAAAUAAUAAAGUUUGGCUAAGUUAAGUGCAAUUAAAUGUAAAUUAAGUUAAGUGUUAAAGGAAAAUAUAAAAGGAAAGUAAUAUACCACCAAACAGAAAGGGACAUACCAUGUCCUCGUUAGCAUUAGGAGAAGAGAAAUAAAAAAAAAUAAAAAAAAUAAAAUAAAAAAAAAAAUAAAAAAAAAUAAGGGGAAAUAAACAAUCUGGCAUUUCUUGACCUAAGCGGUCUCUGGUUAAGUUAUACACAGAAUAAUCACCUGUAAGGAUGCUGAGGUGGAUACUCAGCGUUCAUUUCUUAUGGUUAUGUCAGCGGGGAGAUCAAGCUUAACAUAAAUAGUGUCUAAUAAGCGAGUUUGUAACAGAGACUACGUUUGAUAGUUGAAGUACUAGGUGAUGAAAUAGAGUAAUAAAAUAAGAUAAACUAGGAAGCCAACAGAACUCGGGUGUGAACAGUCUAAUACACCUUAACACCUAGAUUUUUCCCCCCUUUCCCCUCCUCCUCUCCUCCUUUUAUGUCUUAUCUUUUCCCUCCUUUAAGACUUAGUUUUUGUUAUGCUAUGCAUAGUACAUAUAAUUCCAUAGUGCCUCAUUCGCGACCACAGGUCUAUGGGCACAAACAGUGUCGUAUCAGGAAUAAACAAUGUAUAUUGUUAUAAUUUGGCAAGGUAAUAUCGAGUGUACUAAGAGGUGAGUGAACAUGCCUGGCGUCAGAUUUAACUGGUUGGUGUGAAACCAGAAGCACACUAUGGUGUUCGAGAGAAAAUAACAAGGAAAGGGAAAAUAGUUUAAGUCAUAGUGCUAAACAUAAUGGUGGGGUGGAAACGAUUGGGUUGUUCAGCAGUGUGGGUUGGGGUUGUGCAUGGCCGUCCCUGUACAUAAUAUGCCUGAUGGUGGGGCAAUGUCCCGGUAACUCACACAGUCCAGAAUUGACUUUCAGGUUGUGGCAGUGACGGUGGGUGAUUCUUUCUGUCGUCUGGGGACAAAUUCAGCAGCGCUAGCCGUUUCCCAACUUGGGGGGUUCCGAGGUCUGUCCUUAGGUGCUGGCUGGGUCAAUGCGUUCGGGGGGAGGCCGAGCAGCCCCAGGAUCAUCGGUGCCUCUUGUAUGCAGUGAAUUUUGGGCGUAUCUUCGCCUUUUGUUACCGUCAGGGUGUGAGCUGGGCCCCAGCGGUAUGUGACAUGUUUCUCACGCAGAAGUGAUGUCAAUUGUUGCAGGGAUCUCCUCCAGGCUAAAGUGGCUCCCGAGAGGUCCGCAUAAAACAUUAGGUUCAUACCUUCGAAGGGGUAGGUCUGUUGGAGCCUGGCCACGGCCAGGACUGCGGAUCUAUCUCUUUGGGCUUGAAACUGCAGGAUCACAUCACGGGUGGCUGCGUCUGGAGCUUUAGCGGGUUUUGGGAUACGGAAUAUUUCAUCCAGUAUCACUGCUUUGGCUUGCUUUGGGUUUAGCAUUACCGUGAGGAGCCGCCGCACGAAAUGGGGCAGUUCAGAGUCCGUCACAGCAUCUGUUAUUCCUCUGAUCUUGAGAUGCUUCAGCCGACGUUUAUCUUCCAGCUCAGCAAAUCGUAAGUCAUUUUGUUUAGACAGGUUCCUCAGCGCCAGUAUCUCUUGCUGUAGCUCCUUGAUAUGUGUGUCUUGGGCUUGCGUGGUGUGUUCCACAGCUCCAAGUCGUCCAUUGAGGCCCUGCAGCGUGUCCAGAAUUGAGGCCACAUCCGCUGAUAUUUUUUUAUGGUGGUCUGCCAUUAAUUCUCUGAUGGCCUCCAUGCUCACCGGGGUAGGGGUUGCGGCGGGUGGUGGGGGCUGUGUUCGAUUCAGUGGUAGUUUGGGGUUGGCUUGUAGGGGCUCCCCUUCUGCGUCAUCCGAAGAUUCACUGUAGAAGUCUGAGCAUCCGCCAUGGAGGGACGCCAUGUUAGGGAUAGAGGCUUCUUGGGCCUUCCGCCACAGCUCGCCAAUAUGUGUGCCCGGGUGGAGUUUUUCAGGCUUUAACUUCUUUGUCUUUCGCCCCAUCGCGUUUGCCUAAACGUUUGGGUCCGUCUGGGUUGGAUUUGACCCGAUUGUGGGUGUUUUUAGUGGGUUUUGGCGGUUUCAGGCCUGGAGCUCAGCAAUCCUGCGGCCGUCCGCUUCAGUGGUUAGGCCACGCCCCCCACGUUCAGUACAAGUUAACAACCAGCACAGAAUAUUAUAGGGAAAAGGCGGCCGGCCAGCCUAAACUUCAAGCAGUUAAAUAUAGGAGUUAAAUUGUAAACAGUGAGAACCUAACAUUCGAACUGAAAAACACAUUAAAAAGGAGGGCGGGUGCAGAGUGAGGGGGAGAGCCGGUUAUUAUGUCCUCUGGUCCUGCGAGGUUAAGUGAUUCGAUGCUGAUUUAGAAAAUAAGCUGGAGAGUUUGAUUUUUUUUUUUUUUUUUUUCGGUCAAGAUAAUUAAUAAAAGGUUUUGCAAACAUGAUACAAAUGUAGGUGUUUAACAUGCAUUUACAUUUAAAGUGAUGCUGGAAGCACCAUAACCACUUUGGCUUAAUAACUUUGGCUACAAAACCUCUGGAUAAAAGCAGGAACUGCUGCACCCAAAGACUUCUUUCUCCAUAAUAACUAAAAGCUGUAGUUAUGGUGCAUUGAGUGCCCCUUUAAAUUGUUUUAUUUCUCCUUUUGAAAACUUUUGACCUUCUGCAUGUUUUCCAUAUAAUAUUUUUGUGCAUAUUUUCCAUUCCAGUCCAUUUUUUGGGAUGAGUAAUUGAAUUGAUGCUUGUGCUUUUGGCAUGCACCUGCUGGUAUUUUCUAUUGUCUGAAAUGUUAUAAAUAAUAUAUCUACAUGUAUGAGCAGUGGCUCCUCCAGUUUGUGCCCACAAUAUAAUAACUUGACUGCCAGGUAUCUGGCAGGGGAGUGACAUUGGCUACAAGACCCAUAAUAUCCUAGAACCAGAAGACGUUGGUGUAAUUUAUGUACAUAUGUUACUGUCUGACUUAUGAAUUAUGUAUUAGUAUACACCACCAUCUACACAGUACCACCAUACCCACUGCAGAAGAAAUGCCUUUUUACAUAUUUCAGUUUUUCUCUUUCUGGAUUGGGUGUGGACAUGUGUGUUGGUACAGAUAAACGAGUUAGGCUGCUUAUCAUUAUAGUAAAUAAUUGGGUUGUCAGAGUCGUUUAACCCUUUAACCACUCCAUUGCAGUGUGAUACGAGAACAAGAGCAGAUUAGAAAAACAAGUUUCAUUCAAAUGCUCGUGCAUAUAAAUGGUCUGGUGUGCCUUUCAAAAUUAGGAUGGCACACGUUCCUUUAAAUAUAUGUAGUGUCCCUGCCACUUUGUAUCCGUGGGGCAUUACAACCUACUGCAGUCAAGAUAUAUAGCCAGUAAUGUAUCCUAGCAGGUACCAUCUGUUUUAUUUGACGUAUUAUUCAUAAAAUAUUGAAAUAAUAGUUGCAGAGUAGUGCGGUCUUGUCUCAAACACUACUUUACUGAGAGGGUAGUAGGUACAUGGAGUAGCUUUUCAGUGAAUGAAGCAAACACUGUAAGUGAAUUGAGCUAUGUUUGAGAUGUGCUCGAGGUUAUCUGGAAGAACACAUGUAAUAACGCUUGUAUGAGAUGUUAUAAUGGUCAGACUAUAUGGGUUCUUACCUGCGCACACAAUCUGUGUUCCGUUCUUUCCAUAUUGUGACACAUUGUUUUCGACCAGGAACUGAAGCUGAGAGAUGAGGAGUGUGAGAGACUUUCUAAAGUCAGAGAGCAGCUGGAACAGGAGUUGGAAGAGCUGACAGCCAGCUUGUUUGAGGUAAUUCUGGCCAUACUGCAUAUGUAGAGUGAGUGUGUCUGGAAAAAUAUAGCAUUGGAUUAAUUCUAUAACACCAACAUGCCAUACAACACUCCUGCUCUAUUAAUAGCCUGCUAGACCUUGCAGAAGCAUCCUGUAUGUAAUUAAAGUUCGAUUUACAGAGCAGCAGAUAAAAACUUAUAAAGUAAGUUACAUCUGAUUGAAAAUGAAACCAUUUUUUCAUGCAGGCUGUGUCAGUCAUAGCCAGGGGAGGUGUGGCUAGGGCUGCAUAAACAGAAACAAAGUGAUUUAACUCCUACAUGGCAGAUAAUUGGGCAGCGAAACGUCAGAAGCAGGAUCUAGACACCAAAACUGCUUCAUUAAGGUAGAGUUGUAUUUAAAAAAAACAAGCUCAUGGUACACGAGAACACUCCAGUCUUUGACAUAAAUAGAGUAGUAACACUUUCAUAUUUUACAUUCAACACAUCCAAUAUAUUGUUUGAAUGAUAAACAAAACACUGUUAGAAUUGUCCUCUUCAAUGGAUUCUGAGAGCAAACCCAACAACAUUUUGGCCAUUCCGCUGUAUCAGAGUAUAGUGGGGCUUUCUCCCAGAAUCCUUUGCAUAACACCUGUAACAUGUGGUAACUGUAACAGCUAAGCAGUGAGUUAGGUCACUGAGUGUGCAAUCACCACUGACUUGUGUAUUCACAGGAGGCUCACAAGAUGGUGCGAGAAGCCAACACCAAGCAGGCUGCAUCAGAGAAGCAGUUGCAGGAAGCUUGUGGAAAGGUAAGCCGUCUCUCUUUAUUCUGAAUGUAAAUUGGUUUUCUGUUACUGGAGGAGUCAACAGCUUAUUGAAACAACAUUUGUUUUGCAUUUUUCACUAAGCGAAUGUCCUUUUUCCACAUUGCCUUCUUUCAUUCCUUUUUUUCCUCUUUUUAUAACAUAGAAACAUAGAAUGUGACAGCAGAUAAGAACCAUUCGGCCCAUCUAGUCUGCCCAAUUUUCUAAAUACUUUCAUUAGUCCUUGGCCUUAUCUUAUAGUUAGGAUAGUCUUAUGCCUAUCCCACGCAUGCUUAAACUCCUUUACUGUGUUAACCUCUACCACUUCAGCUGGAAGGCUAUUCCAUGCAUCCACUACCCUCUCAGUAAAGUAAUACUUCCUGAUAUUAUUUUUAAACCUUUGUCCCUCUAAUUUAAGACUAUGUCCUCUUGUUGUGGUUGUUUUUCUUCUUUUAAAUAUAGUCUCCUCCUUUGUAGAUUGACAUGUUGCAGGCAGAAGUCACCGCUCUGAAGACUUUGGUCAUUACUUCCACCCCCUCCUCUCCAAACCGUGACCUGCACCCUCAGCUCCAGAGCCCAUCCAAGAAUGCACUACGCAAAGGCCAUUCACGGAACAAGAGCACAGGCUGUGCUGCUGUUACACCAGUAGCUGUGCCAACUCAGCCAAUAUGCAAAGAGGCCAAAGAGGUGAGCUCCUUACAACCAUCACCAGUGGGUUCUAAUGUGCUCUGUGCUCCUUCCCACCAGCAAUGGGUUCUAAUGUGCUCCUUCCCACCAGCAAUGGGUUCUAAAGUGCUCCUUCCCACCACUAGUGGGUUCUAAUGUGCACUGUGCUCCUUCCCACCAUCAAAAGGUUCUAAUAUGCUCCUCCCCACCAUCACUGGGUUCUAAUGUGCUCCUUUCCACAGUCAGUGGGUUCUAAAGUGCUCCUUCCCACCAUCAAUGGGUUCUAAUGUGCACCGUGCUCCUUCCCACCAUCAAUGGGUUCUAAUGUUCUCCUUCCCACCAGCUAUGUGUUCUAAAGUGCUCCUUACCACCACCAGUGCUUCUAAUAUGCACUGUGCUCCUUCUCACCAGCAAUGGGCUCUAAUGUGCUCCUUCACCAUCAAUGGGGUUUUAAUGUUUUCCUUCCAAUCACCAGUGGGUUUUGCUGUGCUCCUGUGCUCCUUGUCACCAUCAUUAAAUUCUAACAUGGUCUGUGCUCCUGCCCACCAUCAAUGGAUUUUAAUGUGCUCCUUCCCACCACCAGUGGAUUCUAAUGUGCUCUGUGAUGCUUCCCACCUUAAUUGUAGUAAAAUCAAUAUUGCCAUAAUACCUAAUUAGAUAGUAACCUGACAUUUCCAUGAAGCCUUAUGACCCACUGCACCAAAUUAUUGGUGCAGUAAAUAAUGCUUAAUGCAAAUGUAAGAUGCACUUUCUCUUGAUGCAUAGCACUAAAUGUGUGUACAUAAUAUGUUACGGCACAUCAUGUGCUCUGUCUGCACUUUGCAUUAUCACAAAAGAGCCCAGGUCGUACAGGCAACUGUUCACGAGAAAAAGCUGUGUUUAAAUUCUCAUCUAUUAUGUAUUUGAGCAUUGUUACUGAUGUGCACAAAGUACUGUAAUACAUCUAGCAUUUUGUGAAAUGAUCAUCAUUUCAAACCACCUACAGGAAAGAGAGCCACACAGAUAAUUAAUGUUAGAUGUUUACAAUUUCUUACACUAAAUGUAGGCGCUGGAUGCAUCAGAUAAAUGGUGUAACUGUGUGGGGAUUCUGGAAGAAGAUUCUAAUGUCUCAUCUAUGUUCUUGUCUGUCUCUCUCAUUCUGUCUCCGAUUUGUGGUCAUUUUUCCAUUGUCUCUGUCUCUCUUUACUCCAUUCUCUCUGUAUUCACAUGAUUAUUUUUAUCCCCUUGUUUAUUUACACCUUUUUGUUUAUCUGUCCUCUAUGAGUCAGUAACAACAUGCGCCCUUAUAUUUCCAUCUCUGCAAAUUCGUAGUGUUUUAGAACCUUCUGUCUCCUUUCUCCUGAAUGAUUAUGAAAUAUUUUCUCUGAUGUUCUCUGACAUACAAGCCUCAUUAGUUCCAUGUCACAAAUGUAAAAGAUCUGUGGCAGAAUAAUAUCACUAAUAAUUUCACUAAGAGUAUCGUCUCCUGUCCCUGUGCUUUGGCUGUGUUUUAAACUGAGCUUAUAUUUCAGUUUACGUCAAACAAUCUCUAGAAUAACAGGGAGAGCAUAGGGAAACUUUAGUGCCAGGAGAAUAAAGUUGUUUUUCUGGCAGUAUAUCUCCCUAUAGUGCCUCCCUCCGUCAAGGCGCCUCUCCCUCUCGCACCCGAGGUUAAAAAAACGUUGUCACUUACCCGAGUCUAGCAGGGGAGGUGCAGCGCCCGAACCUGCGCCGAUAUCCCUUGACCUUUAAGUUUCUUUAGUGUCUGUCUAGUAGACAGCCACUAGAAGUGGAGUUAACCCAUAAAAAAUGAUGAUUAUUAUUAUUAUUAUUAUUAUUAAUAAUAAUAAAUACCGCAAUAAUUACCGUUGCAGUGUUAAGGGACCUGGAACACUGCACCCAGAACAUUUCAAUGAGCUGAAGUGGUCUAGGUGCCUAUAGAGUCUUUUUAACCAGCAUUUUGUAAAUAUUUUAAAAUAUAAAUAUCCCACAUUGUUUAUGUAACAUUUAAAAUACAAUUUCUGAUUCCUGUUUGGUCAUGUUUCUUCUAUCUUCAGAUCCAUCGACCUUUUAGCUGUCUUAUCAGAUGUAGACAACCUUCGGCACUCCAGAAGUUACAGACUACAUGUCCUCUGAUGCUUUGCUAGCAUUAUGACUUUAAAAGCAUUAUGGGACAUGUAGUCCACAACAUGUGGAGUGCAGAAGGUUGGCUACCUCUGUCUCGGAUCCUUUUUAGUCUUUGUCCUCUAUUUAACCCACACUGUUGCUGACAGUGCUGACGACUUACUGACACUCUCUUGUCAACUUGAAUAUAAAAGUCCAUGAACCACUGGAGGAGACCUCUUUACAUCUUUUUACUACUUUGUAACCGCUUCUAUUUUGUUCUACCACUUUGUGCAUGAUCAUCCUCUGUUACUAAAUUAAUUUAUCAUUCUUUUGUUACAUUAUCUUGUUUCACUCUCAUUCCUGUUUUCUUUGUUUGUCGUCCUAAUGUCGUUGUGUCUCUCACUCUUUCUCUGUAUUUCUUCUGCUAUCUUUCCUUCUCUCAGUUCUCUGCAGUACCUUCUCUCCUCUCACUGCUUCUUUGUAUUGUCCCGGGGAAGGUUGUCCAUAUAACCUACGAGCCAGGAUGGCCUCCCUCUGAUGACUCCUCUUCCUUCUCCCGCCAGGUACCACUUCCCAUCCACAAAGUGUUUUUCAUUUCCUUAUUCUGAUCGAUUACUAUAAAUGACAUAAUGGCUGAUUGCCACCCUCAAGUCAUACAUUGUAUAUAUAGAUAUGUGGUUGAUCUCCUAUAUGGACUGAAGAUACCUUUUUUAUUUAUUUGCCGAGAGUUUGAUUAAUGGAGAGAAUGCAUAUGUUUUUUUCAGUUUCUUUUCUGUCUUUUGAGCAGUUAAAGAGGAAUCAUGCAGCUGUAAAAAUUAAUAUAUUUAUUUUUAUCAUUGGGGUGUCCUUUUUUGUUUUAGGUUUAGAGUCCCUGCUAUUUAAGUCAUAAAAUAAAAUAAACUCCAACGUAUUGUGACGUCACAGGGACAGUCCCCUUAAUACAGGGUGAUUGGUCCACGUUGAGACCAUCCUGAUUGAUGAUCUCAAGUUCAAUCCAAAGCUUCUCAUAGAAAAUCACGGAGGACCUAUAGCACAUGCAUGGCUCCACCGAUCCACUGUUUCUUAUGAAGAAGCUUUGUUUUCAUUGUUUCUCUAUUGCAAGAAUUGCAUUCCACUUUGAAGGAACGUUCAAAGAAUGGAGUCCAUCUGGUGCAACUCGACCUCAACCAGAGAGCUGGAGACUCCUGCUAAGGAGCUUCCGCUAGUUCUCCCAGGCUAAGCUCUGCAGUACAGGGCUAGCUCAUUGAAGCAACUGCUGAUGGCUGUCAGCCAAUGAGCUAAGCCCUGCACUGCCAGAGAUCAUGGCUCUCUGGCUUCUGAAGUGGAGAGUGACACCGUAUGGACCCAGGUAAGAAGUCAUACCGCGUCAAUGCCCCCUAAAGAGACAUUAUAGUAAGUGUGAAUAGAGCAACAGCCCACCAAGAUAAGGGAGGCAAACAUUUAGUCUGUGCGUGUCUCUGUUUGGGACUACUAUUCACCUGCCUUCCUCUACCUGGACUACCUGUAUCUUAAUAUCAUAUUUGGUACCUUCUUGUGGAUCGUUAUCGCUGCUGGACCAAUGGAUUGGUUUGGUUCCUUGAGUUGACAAACGGGAAUUGUUUUAUUCGACUCACCUAGGCCUAGUUAUUGUUUCUCCGCUUACCUCCUGGCAGAGGUUGAUGGUUUGGUAGAAACUACAUAUUGUGAUUAUUUAUGCGAUUACUGUAAUAUUUUUUUAUUUUUAUUUUUUUAAUUGUGUCUUUUCAUUUUCUGUGUGCAUUUGUGUUUUAUGCUAAUUGUCACUUCAUGUUUUUUGAUAUUUUUAUACUGCAAAUAAAAAAAAUACACAGGAAUAAAUAAUUUGGACUUGACUAGGAACUUUUUAAGGGAACUGGUAGUGCCAAUUAACCACAAUGUGCAGUCUGUACUCAAAUCACCUACACGCUACAAACACAUAACAAGAAACUAGGAAAGGGGCUGGAUCAUGGCUAGGCAAGUGGCUGGUGCAUGUCAGUUGUGGGCUAGGAACCUGACUGAGACUUAGCCAUGGUGAACUAGUAAAUUGCACUGGGACUCUACAGGAGAAGACAAGGAAUUUGGCAGAGACUGCAGGAGAGGACUAUGAAUGUGACAGGGACUGCAGGAGAGGACUAGGAAUGUGGCGGGGACUGCAGGAGAGGACUAGGAAUGUGGCAGAGACUGCGGGAGAGGACUAGGAAUGUGGCGGGGACUGCGGGAGAGGACUAUGAAUGUGGCAGAGACUGCAGGAGAGGACUAGGAAUGUGACAGGGACUGCAGGAGAGGAAUAUGAAUGUGGCAGGGACUGUAGGAGAUGACUAGGAACUUUGGCAGGGACUGCAGGAGAGGACUAUGAAUGUGGCAGAGACUGCAGGAGAGGACUAGGAAUGUGGCAGGGACUGCAGGAGAGGACUAGGAAUGUGGCAGGGACUGCAGGAGAGGACUAGGAAUUUGGCAGAGACUGCAGAAGAGGACUAGGAAUAUGGCAGAGACUGCAGGAGAGGACUAGGAAUGUGGCAGAGACUGCAGAGGAGGACUAGGAAUGUGGCAGAGACUGCGGGAGAGGACUAGGAAUGUGGCAGAGACUGUGGGAGAGGACUAGGAAUGUGGCAGAGACUGCAGGAGAGGACUAGGAAUGUGGCAGAGACUGCGGGAGAGGUCUAGGAAUGUGGCAGAGACUGCAGGAGAGGACUAGGAAUGUGGCGGAGACUGCGGGAGAGGACUAGGAAUGUGGCAGAGACUGCGGGAGAGGACUAGGAAUGUGGCGGGGACUGCGGGAGAGGACUAUGAAUGUGGCAGAGACUGCAGGAGAGGACUAUGAAUGUGGCAGAGACUGCGGGAGAGGUCUAGGAAUGUGGCAGAGACUGCAGGAGAGGACUAGGAAUGUGGCGGAGACUGCGGGAGAGGACUAGGAAUGUGGCAGAGACUGCGGGAGAGGACUAGGAAUGUGGCAGAGACUGCGGGAGAGGACUAGGAAUGUGGCAGAGACUGCGGGAGAGGACUAGGAAUGUGGCAGAAAAGUAAUUAUGGUCCAGACACUCAAGUUCAAUCCAGUGGGCAGAUUUAUUGGAGCAAAAUCGAAACAACAUUUCAGCCCACAACAGGGCUCACAUAUGUUUCAAGGCAGGGAUUCUUAAACUGUAUGCAACCUCCAAGUCUCAUGUGUUACUAAUUAUAACAUUGUGUUGUGUUUGGUGCAUUGUGUUGUAUUUGGUGAAUUGUGUUGUGUUUGGUGCAUUGUGUUGUGUAUGCAGAGUUCGCUCAUGUUUGUGCAUUUGGUUGCUUCUGUGACACGCUCCAGCUUCUGUUCUAGCUAAAGCCUUGUGCGUUGAUUUAAUCACAGGAAUCAUUGUGCAAUGCCUUAACACGUGUUCCUAAUAAAAUGACCUCACAGUUUAUGUAAAGAUUCUCUCUGAUCUAUACACAGAAAUAGCUACUCGAUUCUGACGCACACAGAUGGGCAGAUUUGACAGCCAAGUCCUAUUCUAGAAGUUUUUGGUUUUUGCAUUCACUUAGUGUUUAUCAGUAGGAACCUAUAGAAAUCUACCCACAAGACGCAGAAUUACAUUUUUGUUUCUGAAUCUUUUGAUUGACACAGUUUCCCUGUCAGGUUUUCAGUUCAACAAGUCUUUCAAAUUCUGUAUGUAAAUAUGUCAAUUAUUUAAUUAGACGAGGGCUUAACACCAUCAGCCAUUCUGGACUAUGAUUGAUGCAUAUUUGGUAGCUAUAUUGUAAAGCACUACGGAAUCUGUUGGCGCUGUAUAAAUGGCAAUAAUAAUAAUAGAGCAUUGUGGGAGAUGUAGUCCCAGCCAUCUCCAAUGGUCUACCUCUGCCUUAGUGUGAUCUGGAUGAUCAAACUGGAUGUUUUAUUGUAACUACUGAUCUGAGCAGCACUGUUGAAGUGGAAAGGUUGGGCAAGGUAAACAGUUUUGGUAAAUAUAUUUUGGAUAAUUAAGAACUCUUACUUUUGCAUACCUGUACAUAUAUUAACUGACUAAUCUUAUGGCUCACACUGUAUCUGUUUUGUACAGCUUUCCGUUAACUAAGUGGAACAUCUCUGAUCUUUCUAAAAUCUCACACUUUUUUCAGAUGGACACGCUGCUUUUCUCUGAGUUUCUGGCCUGGAAGGAUAGCCCAACGCUAGACAAAUCCUGUGCUUUUCUCUCCAGAAUUUAUCGCGAAGACAUUGCCCCAUGUUUACAUUUUGCUAAAAGAGAGGUAAGUGUAGAUAGGAUUGGAAACUUUCACACCCAAUAAAAAUUCUGGUUUACAUUAUUUCAAAAUUUCCAUCUUUAGAAUGUAACAACACGUAGUGUCCAGUAUCCCCAGACACUAAAUAAUGGAGGGAUAAAUUGUCUGCCCUGUCAUAUGUUUCGGUCUCUGUGGGCACGCCUCCGUGAGAUUGGGUCAGCUUGUUUUGUUUUUGAACAAAUCCUAACAAUCUCUGUAUACACCUGAUUAUCACUAGAGGGAAACUGAUUUCUAAAAUGGAAUAUUCUCUCUGUACCCAUCCUAGCGUAGUGUGCACACACCUAUGAUUAGCUACUGAUGGCUUUGCCAUUGUUUGGAUAUAGCACAAUGAUUUUUCAGUAUAGAUAAAAACAAAGCAGCUCAUGAUAUUUUUGCUAUCAAAAAGCACAACAUUUAUUCCUGAAUUUUCCCCUGUAUUAUUCUCUACCACCUUUCCUUCAAGGCCAUUCAAUGAAUUCAUAACGCUUUAGGAACCAGACAAAUUUCCCAAUAUUACCUCUACGUUUCCUCCUUUCAAGCACUGUAUUUUAGUGAUCUAAUAACUCCUGGAACCUGUCACAAACAGAAUUUGUUCAAAGGUUAUACAUCAUAAUCACUUAUUCUGUAUCUGCCAGUUGCCUCUAAAGAAUUUGAACAGAUCAAAUUUUAAAUAAAUACAUGAAAUAGGGAAACAGAAUUCACCAAAGAUGUAGGUGAAAUGUCUAAUUACGAUGUAUCUAUGCAACUAUGAAUGGAUCCCGAGCUGUGAAAUCUAGAGAUAUAGCUGUGGGCAUGGUGUGUUCAAAGCCAAUACUUGUGGUUGGCAAUAAUAGAUCCUGUUUAGGUCCAUGUCCAUGUGGAGAAUUGUAUCUCCUGAUCAUCAAAGACACAACAUACAAAGCGACAACACACACAUACAUCAACACCAAACGUGGGCGGCUGGGCGCACACCUCGGCUCGGGAUAGAACAGUGAAUUAUGGAAGGCUGGACAAAGUGGUUUAUUAGAUUCUACAAAGAGUUAAUGAAUUAUCGAGUCCUGGCAGCUUAAUAAAUUAUCUAUCGCUGGGAUCAGAUUAAUAAAUGAACUGGGUGGCUGUUAAGCAGGUUAAAGAAUGACAUGAGGCUGUGGACAAAUUGAUACGACAAAUAUAAGGUUGUGUUGAGGUUACAAUGCUAGAAAGAUGGAUGGGAUAAAUGGAGACUGGAAUUGGAUUGAGAAUAAAAAUAGAUAGAAGACUUGGUGGAGUUAACAGAAGAAAGAAGGCUGAGGUUUUUGGGGGGAGAUGAGGCAAAAGUAGAGGUUGUCACAGCCAUGUUUAUUAAAGUCUCAGACAACAUUAAUUGCCUUUGUACCUACCUCUCCACUCCCACCACUCCCGUAAUCCUACACAGCAUCUGUAUUCUCUGCCACUAUCUUCGGAAGGCGAAAUAGUGCUGGGAUUUGGUCAAUAGAUCCAGCAGCCUUUGACAACUGUCUUAUAAUCAUUUACAGCCUUGUGGACGUUAAUAACUCUUUUCCAGAAGACUUCAAUUUAUUUAAUUAUCAAACAGUGAAUAAUGGAGCUGCAACACCGUACAUUAAAUGAAGUAGAUUUUAUUUCACCAGAAUGGAGCCAGCUUAGGCUUGACAUUGUGAAUUAGUUAAAAUGCUGCCGGUUUCAUAAUGGUGUAAUAAAAUCUUAUUCAUCUGCGGCUCCAUUAUUCACUGUUUGCUAAUUUGGAGGCUAUUAUAAGGAUUCCUCCUAGCUUAUACCCCGCUUUAUCUUAACCCCGACACAUGACGGAAAUAUUCGGUCAUGAUUCCCUUUUAUUGUGUCCUUAAGGGGUUAAGGAAUGCUGUUCUCCUCCUUUUCAAAUAAUUUCAUUGGGACAGUGUAGUUAAUUUUACUUUUUUAGAUUUUGAUUGCUGUAUGAUAUUAAAUAAAUUUUUACUCAGCGCACAAAGCAGGUCCAUACUAUAGCAGACGUGUAUUUUUAUUUAACGUGUAUGACUUUUUAUUUAUAAAUGGAAUGGAAUCUUGGGAUCUUCUCGGACAAUUACACAUUGCGCAUUCAUACCACCGCCAGAACCUUGUUGACUCUCUACUAGGUGACCCAGGUUUUUUAGAUUACUGUCUGGAAAGUUACCAUUAACCGUUGCAUUGUUCUGUACCCACAGCUUUCAGAACAAGUCCUGAUGGCAGUGGAAGAUAACACUCUUUCUGUGGAGCCAGUUGUGCAGCCGGUACUGCCUGUAGUGAAAGCAUCGGCUUUGGCACGCGGAGGGCCAAGGUAGGAUUGCCACCUUCCCGGUCUAACACACAGACACCCCAUUAUUUCCUAAAAUCGGUGGUUGUUGGUGAAGUUUGAAGAUGGUGGGGAGCUGUCCCUUGACCUGCAUGGCUCUGGCCACAUAACAUGUACUCCACCCCUUACCCAAUGAGAGGUCAUGCCCUGUUUGACACCAUAACCCUAAAGAUACACAUAUUUGGUAAACAAAAACCACUUUAACGAUGUCAGACUCCUCCCUAUGAUACUAUUAUCCAGUGAUGGCCCUAGAAAACUGGUCAAUAAUUAGGCCUGCCUUUCGGAGUGUGUAGUAUGUGACAGUUCAAUGCAAAGCCUGUAUGAGAGGUCUAUAUCCGGAAAAUGGUCAUUUAGAAGAUAAACGAUGCUUUGCCAAUACUAUAUGCUAGAAUUGGUGUAAUGACCUUUGCCAUUUUGUUUCUCCUAUUCAGCGGGUGUCGGGUGGAGGUUGUAACGUAAGUUUUAUAAGGAGAACUGCUUAAUUAAUCAACUAACAAGCUGAAUUAACUUAAGAAUGGCUUUCUGAAGGGCAUUUAAACCUAACAGCUGCAACAACUAAUUUGUGGGAACUGAAUAACACUUUGUUUAUUGGAUUAUUGACCUUAGUCAGUGCUUUUUACAAUAAGAAUGUGGCAUGAUCUAGUGAUCCCGUUUUGAGAAUGUAUGAAAUGUGUUCUGCUCUCUGUAUGUGCCAAGAAAUGGACCUCCCUGUGUAUAUAACAAACCACAAACACAAUCACUACAUUGACAACUGUGAAGUCUACACAUUCAUAUGCAUGCCUAGGAAAACACAGCGGGGUUUAUACGCUAAACUGUGAAUGGUGGAGAAAAGACUAUGGAAAUUCAUAUUUUACACCAAAAUAGCUGAAUUGGAAAUAUAGCUAAAACUUAUAGUUUUGGACUAAAAUUUGCAAUUUUGUUUUCCCAAUUUAAUGAGUAAACCCAAAAGAAACAAUGUGGUACCAAAGACCACAAUAAACAUGCAUGUAACAUGGGAGAAAAAAAGUAACGGUAAACUGCGUGUUAUGAUCAUUUUUAUUUUUGAGAUGGAACCAAUGGUUGUACAAUAGGCAGUUUGCAUUUUUGAGAAAGCAAAGGUUUAAAACAAGUAAACACACAGAAUUAGCUAUAAAUUCAGCCUAUCACAACAUAGAAUGUUUAGCAUCACAAAUCCAAAUUGGAAUCUUGAACCUCUCCCCUCAUCCCAGCUCCCACAGCACCACAACAACUCAGUGAGGGGUAACUAAAGGCUUCACUUACGAUGGGAGAUACAUUCAUGUGUCAGGAAGAGAACAUAUGGAGUUAAGAACAGGGAAAAUUGAGCAGGAAAGGUCAGGAAACAGGUCGUGAAAGAAGAGGAGAAAGAGAAAAUGAAAAAGGGGUGAGGGAAAAGAGAAAAAAAGUGAAGUAAAGAGAGAUAAUGGGAACGGAGGGAGAGAGAAACAUCCAUCCCUCUCCCCAGCCUGUGGGGUACCAGCUGAUUGCCCUCCUAUUCCACGCCAGCCUGCCGUACAUGUUAACCAUUGCCUGGUGAAUUCCCAACAAUUCACAGUUUGGUAGAUAAUGCUGAGAGUGGGUAGUUUAUUGUAUUGUUUUAUUUAUAAAGUUCCAACAUAUUCCACAGCACUGUACCACGAACAAACGAUACAGUAAGUUAAAUGAUCACAGAAUUGGGCGUUUGGGUUGAAGUUGUAAAUACAGUAAAUGAGAGGUGUGUGACCAUUCCAAAUUCGUUCGUGGGUUUCAGUCCCAAGAUGUAUGAUUCCAACUUCUCCCUGAUCCCGUCUCUGUAGGAAGUGCGCUCUCAGUGGUCUGUCUCGUUCAUGCAGACAUCGCAUUAAGCUGGGGGAUUCUACGAACUAUUACUUUAUAUCGCCAUCCUGCCGGUACAGGGUAAGUUACAUUCACAGACAUAUAUAGUUAUUUUGUAAUAAUGAAACAGGCAUUUAUGUUCUUAGAACUCCCCCCCCCCCACCUCUGUUUAUUCCAUUUGGCCAUCUUGGCCUACUUCACAACUGUCUUGCCAAUUCUCCAAAAUUCAGGUUUACCCAAUAAUUCCAAGUGUGAUGAUUUUAGACACAUUGUAACUUACUACGGCAUCCUAUUUUAGUGGAUAGCCGUUAUAUACAAAAUAUAGUCUUUUUAGUCCUUCCUGGUAUCACUUGCAAUAUCUACUCACCUUUGCUGACUCCUCUCUCAAUAUCUCCUUUGCAGAUCACAGCAGUGUGCAAUUUCUUUACUUACAUUCGUUACAUACAGCAAGGCCUAGUGCGCCAGGACAGUAAGUACAAGAAACAUCUAGUGAUCCUUUGUUUUCCUCGGUACCAUAAAAGGUAUAUGUUGUAGCCCAUGGGUUAAAUGUUUGAUGCUUUUGUGCAAUUCUUAUAUAUUCUGAAAUCCAUGCGGCACGAAAUAAAGCUCCCUAAUAAGGCUAGCUGCCUGACACACUGUGACACACACUCCAAAGCUCGUUAGCUCAAACCAUAAUGAGUUUUGAAAUCUGUGAAUGGAAGGACAGGGUUCUUGCAUCUUAACUACCACAGCAAAGUGAAUUGGUUUUUCGUGUUUAGAGUUUAGACCCUUUAAUAUAUUAAUCACACUCAACUGAUUCUCAAAUUACUCCACUUCCCUGCACCACAAGGAAAUAGGUAAACUUUCAAAAAGUCCUCAAAUUGAGUCUCAAUUUUAAAGAAAUGGGAAAAAAAUACUCAAUAGAUCCAAUUAAAUAAGCAGAUUUAAUGAAGGUGAUUUACAUUACCUCGAUCAAUAUGAUUGGCAACGUUAAUUUUUCACAAAAUGGCUCACGUUCUUCAAACUAGGUCCCACCACAGAUAUUAAAGGACCAGUUCAAGUACCAUAACCACUACAGCGUACUUUAAUGGUUGUGCUGCCAGAAGUGCGCUGACGCCCCUGAAUGUUAGUAGCCAAAUUAUUUAGUAAUGCUUUCCCUUCUUAACUGGGGUCUAGCUCCCCAACUUUUUCCAGCCUCUACAAAAGCCAGAAGUUCGUUUGCUCUCCUGACCUCAGCCCUGUCCAGUAGUGCAGGGUCAGGUUACUACUUUCAUUGGACAAGCAAUAGGGCAUUUCUGAUACCAUAACCACUACAGUGCACUGUAGUAGUUAUGAUGCUUGGAGUGUUUUUUUACCACAGGCAUCUUAAAAUCUGUCUCCCCAGACAUCUCUGAACUACGAAUCCUAUGAAUGUCUGACCAUCUGUUGCAUUCAAAGAAUUCUGGGUAUUGUAGGCCUCAAAGAUCCCUACCUUAACCAAAUGUACCCAAUCCUAGCCGCCUUCACCUUGAAAAGUCAUCAUUUAUGAGAUUAUCUACAAUUAUAUAUACAAAUCAAUAUCUUUACACAGUUUUGGUCGCUGCAAUAUUUUAAAAAUGAAUAAUGAAUUAAACUUGUACUUUCUUAACUUUUUUUUUCUGCAGCGGAGCUAAUAUUCUGGGAGAUCAUGAGGCUUCGUCAGGAGAUGUCUGUGGCAAAACUUGGCUUUUAUGUCAAUGAAUCCUAG